AUGUAUGGCAUCUGUGGAAAGCGCAGUGACGGUAAAGUACUCAAUUGCCCUCUUGCUAGGCCUGCUGUCAAGCCGGAUGAAUUACUGUCCCAGAAGAUUCAAAGUUUGUGCCCUACAAUUACUGGAAAUAUAUGUUGUACGGUGGAGCAGUUUGAUGUUUUACGGACACAAGUCCAGCAAGCCAUUCCCUUUGUUGUAGGUUGUCCAGCUUGCUUGAGAAAUUUCUUGAAUCUGUUCUGUGAGCUCACAUGUUCCCCGAAUCAAGCUCAAUUUAUUAAUGUGACCUCCAUUUCCAGGGUCGGGAGAAACACAACUGUUAAUGGAAUUGAUUAUUACGUAACUGAUGCUUUUGGCGAGGGAAUGUUCGAAUCCUGCAAAGAUGUAAAAUUCGGUUCCAUGAAUUCACGAGCAAUAGAAUUUAUUGGUGCUAGUGCUAAAAAUUUUAGUGAGUGGUUUGCGUUUAUCGGUAGACGGGCUGAGCUCGGUUUACCAGGCUCACCCUAUGCUAUAAAUUUCUUGCCCGUGGCCCCAGAAUCAUCGGGAAUGAGACCCAUGAAUGUGUCCACGUAUUCAUGUGGUGAUACCUCAUUAGGUUGUUCGUGUGGUGAUUGUCCUUCUGCAUCCGCUUGUUCGAGUUCGGAACCUGCUCAAUCACCCAAGAAAGAUUCAUGUUCAUUGAGGAUAGGCUCUCUAAACGCAAAAUGCGUUGAAGUUGCAAUGGCAGUAGUGUACGUUGUACUUGCUUCUGUAUUCCUCGGGUGGGGUUUCCUUCACAGAAAAAGAACUAGCCCUGCUCCCCAGACGAAACCUGUAGUCAAUGUCUCCAACGGUGGCAUUGUUAGACGUAUAAGCAGCCAAAAGGAUGAAAAUAUACCUAUGCGGAUGCUCGAGGAUGUUCCUCAAAUUAACAAUGGAGUGCAGCUCUCAAUAGUGCAAGGAUAUAUGUCAAGGUUUUACAGGAAAUACGGGACGUGGGUGGCCCGAAAUCCGAUGCUUGUAUUAUGCUCAUCAAUUGCUAUAGUUGUGCUGCUUUGCCUGGGUCUUAUUCGUUUCAAAGUGGAGACAAGACCUGAGAAGUUAUGGGUGGGCCCUGGAAGUAGAGCUUCCAAGGAGAAAGAAUUUUUUGACAAUCAUCUAGCUCCAUUUUACAGGAUUGAGCAGCUCAUAAUAGCAACGAUUCCGGACUCACGAGGAAAAGCUCCAAGUAUCGUGACAGAGAACAAUAUCAAUUUAUUAUUUGAUAUACAGAAAAGGGUGGAUGCUAUCAGAGCUAAUUAUUCUGGUUCAAUGGUAUCACUUACUGAUAUUUGCUUGAAGCCACUCAAAACGGAUUGUGCCACUCAAAGUGUUCUUCAGUAUUUCAAGAUGGAUUCUCAAAAUUAUGACAACUUCGGGGGUCUUGAUCACGUUGAAUACUGUUUUCAGCAUUUUAGUUCAGCAGACACAUGCACAAGUGCAUUUAAAGCACCUCUUGACCCAAGCACUGCACUUGGCGGUUUUUCCGGAAAUAACUAUCUCGAGGCUUCUGCAUUCGUUGUGACGUAUCCCGUGAACAAUGAAGUUGACAAAGAAGGGAACGGAACCAAGAGGGCUGAGGCAUGGGAAAAAGCUUUCAUUCAGCUUGCAAAGGAGGAGCUUUUACCUAUGGUGCAGUCAAGAAAUUUAACACUUGCAUUUUCAUCCGAAAGCUCUGUUGAGGAAGAGUUAAAAAGAGAAAGCACUGCUGAUGCCAUCACUAUUUUGAUAAGUUAUCUCGUAAUGUUUGCUUACAUAUCCUUGACACUAGGAGAUUCUCCUCGGUUCUCCUCAUAUUAUAUCUCUUCUAAGGUAUUGCUUGGGCUAGCAGGAGUUCUACUUGUAAUGCUCUCAGUACUUGGAUCGGUUGGAUUUUUCAGUGCAGUUGGCAUAAAAUCAACCCUGAUAAUAAUGGAAGUCAUCCCUUUUCUUGUUUUAGCAGUUGGAGUAGACAACAUGUGCAUAUUGGUACAUGCUGUAAAGAGACAGCAGGUAGAAUUGCCUAUCGAGGGAAGAAUUAGUAAUGCUUUAGUAGAGGUUGGGCCGUCUAUGACACUAGCUAGUCUUUCUGAGGUCUUGGCAUUUGCAGUUGGAAGUUUCAUACCUAUGCCUGCUAUCCGUGUCUUUUCGAUGUUUGCAGCAUUGGCCGUUCUCUUGGAUUUCCUUCUACAAGUCACUUCUUUUGUUUCCUUGAUUGUUUUUGACUUCUUGAGAGCUGAGGAUAACAGGGUAGACUGUUUUCCUUGCAUAAAGGUGUCUGGUUCGAAUGUGGAACGGGAUCAAGGUAGUCAUCAGCAGAAACCUGGACUGCUUGUCAGAUAUAUGAAGGAAAUUCAUGCUCCCACUCUGAGCCUGUGGUUUGUGAAAUUGCUGGUUGUCUGUGCUUUUGGUGCAUUUACAUUGGCAAGCAUAGCAUUAUGUACAAGAAUCGAACCUGGUUUAGAACAGCAAAUCGUUCUUCCUCGAGACUCGUAUCUUCAGGGCUACUUUAGUAACAUAUCAGAGUAUCUUAGAAUUGGUCCCCCACUGUACUUUGUAGUGCAAAACUACAAGUUCAGUUCUGAAUCAAGGCAGACAAACCAGCUUUGUUCCAUUAGCCAGUGUGAUUCUAAUUCUCUUCUCAAUGAGAUUGCAAGGGCAUCUUUAGUACCAGAGUCGAGUUAUAUAGCCAAACCUGCUGCUUCGUGGCUUGAUGAUUUUCUUGUUUGGCUAUCUCCUGAAGCUUUCGGGUGUUGUAGGAAAUUCACAAAUGGAAGCUAUUGCCCUCCCGAUGAUCAGCCUCCUUGUUGUUCAUCAAGUGAUGGUUCUUGUGGACUUAGCGCCGUUUGUCGCGACUGUACUACAUGUUUCCGUCACUCGGAGUUGCAAAACGAUCGUCCAUCAACAGCACAGUUCAGGGAAAAACUGCCAUGGUUUCUCACUGCCUUACCCUCAGCUGAUUGUGCUAAAGGUGGCAAUGGGGCAUAUUCAACCAAUGUCGAGCUUACAGGUCUUGAGGAUGGUGUCGUUCGAGCGUCAGCCUUUCGGACUUAUCACACGCCCCUAAAUAAGCAGGCUGACUUUGUUAACUCAAUGCGGGCCGCUAGAGAUUUCAGCGCUAGGAUGUCUGAUUCUCUAAAGAUCGACAUUUUUCCGUAUGCCGUGUUUUAUAUGUUUUUCGAGCAGUACCUUGAUAUAUGGAAGACAGCUCUGAUCAACCUCGCUAUAGCCAUCGGGGCUGUUUUUGUUGUUUGCUUUGGAAUAACAUGCAGUGUUUGGACUUCAGCAAUAAUCCUCGUCGUUCUGAGCAUGAUCGUUGUGGAUCUUUUGGGUGUAAUGGCGAUUUUAAAUAUCCAGCUGAAUGCCUUGUCGGUGGUGAACCUUGUGAUGUCCGUGGGUAUUGCAGUCGAGUUCUGCGUCCACAUAACACAUGCUUUCUUGGUGACGAGUGGAGAUAGAAACCAACGGAUGAAAGAAUCUCUUGUCACAAUGGGAUCAUCUGUAUUCAGUGGCAUCACACUGACGAAGCUAGUUGGAGUGCUCGUUCUAUGCUUUUCAAGGACCGAAGUUUUUGUGGUUUACUAUUUCAAAAUGUAUCUUGCCUUGGUUCUUCUGGGUUUCUUGCACGGCCUUGUCUUCUUACCUGUAAUAUUGAGCAUGUUUGGGCCGCCGUCACGAUGCGUGCUAAUAGAGAAGCAAGAGGAUCGGCCAUCAACGUCAUCACAGUUCUAG